CAGAGGCAAUUUUAAUGGCUGCUCGUCGCUGUAUUUUCUUAAUUUCAACGUGUGAGAAAUAAAUAAUAUUCUAUUGAGAUAAAGAUUAAGUCAUAAUUCCAUUCAGUGCUUCAAGAUUGAACUCGAAACAAGUGAGAUAUCAGAAAUAUCGCGACUCUGUUAUUAGCAAAUCAAGUGGAAUUUUUAGUAAGCAACUCGAUAAUGAAUGAAAAUACAGAUUCGCAGCAACCACCUAUAAAGAAAGCCAAAUUGGACGAAGCUGAUAUGUUUUUAACUAUUGAUAAGUAUAUUAAUCUUAUAGAAACUACAGAAAAGCCGCUCAAGGUUGUUCUCAAUGAGGAAGUAUCAGCACCUCUGCCUAUAACUAAAGUGUAUGUUGGACAUAUCAAAGAUGUUAAGGCUAUAUCGAAAACAGUCUUGUUACUAAACGAAAAGAUGCCUUUAAAAGAAUUACAGCACUUGAAGAGAGUGAAGAAACAAGAAAUCGUGCUCUGUCCAAGUAUUUAUUUAAAAGAUAUUAGUAUUGAGCAGUAUCUGGUAGACUGUGAUGAAAAACUAACAGAUACUUUUGAUUCUUUCAAAGAAGUAGAUGUACCAUUGUUACCACCAAAGUUGAAAUCGCAAUUUGAAGAUACUAGAAAGUAUUGGCCGUGCAAUUUUCAUCCAGAUAAGUAUUUGGAAAAAUUGUUCAGUGAUAGUGUGUUUUCUGCUGAGGAAAAUGAACUGCAUAGGCUGUAUAUGCGUUUAGUGUUUGUAGUGACGAAAUGGUUUUGUGAAAAGGAGGGUAUUUCUAUAAAUGACGUGAUUUCUAAAUCUACAGAUUUAAAUGUGACAGUUAUCGUUGAUCCAAGUAUAAACAGUGUUGUUGCGAUAGCCACAGAUAACAGAAUAAAGCAUCCCAUUCAACAUUCAGCCAUGUUGGCCAUAGACAAUGUUGCGCGAACGCAAAAAGGAGGAGCGUGGGAAAUCGACCAUAAACAAGACGAUGACGCGUUCAUAGAUUUGGAAUUGUUGACAUUUUUGAAAAUGGAAUUUCGAAAUGUCAAAUUUGGGCACAGAAAGUUUGUAAGCAAACGGGAUUGUAAGGACGGUAUAGAGGUAUCGGAAGAAGGGCCGUAUUUAUGUACGGGUUAUUAUGUAUACAUGUUAAGAGAGCCUUGCGUUAUGUGUUCCAUGGGUUUGGUUCAUGCUAGAGCGAAGCGUAUAUUCUUUUGUUUCGACAAUGAAGAAGACGGAGCGUUGAAGUCAAAAGCUAAAUUGCAAACUGUAGCAUCGCUGAAUCAUCACUUUGAAGUGUUUACCGGUUUUUUAUAGCAUAGGUAUUAAUUGUCUAUGAAAUAAGAUUAAUAAUGUUUAAUAUUUUUUACAAUAUUUAAUGUUUGUAUUUUUGACUAAACUUGAAGUGAUAUUCUUUUACAAUAAACAAUUAAAAUAA